GGUAUGUGUUCUCCACAGUGAAAAGUAGCGUGCUCAGCGCCUGAUUGUAUUGUGACUACAAUGUGACUACAUUUCCCGUGGUGCACUGAGCUUAGGGUCUUGGUGCUGAACGAUCGCAGAAUUACAUUGCUGCUUAUUGAGGGCCCUGAACCAUGUACAAAGAGUUGGCGGUGGCGUUGGGGCUUGGAGCGGUGGUAGCUCUGGUAUUCCUGAAGAAGAGAAAUAGGGUCCUGAAAGCUCAGGAUGGGUGGUGGGGUGUGGGAGCUUGUCCCCAAGGACCUGAGGAUGACAGUGUCCAUCCUUUUAAAGUUGAGACAACUUCAGAAGAGAUUGAGGAUCUGCACCGCAGGCUAGAUCAGACCCGUUCCUUUCCUUCUCUUGAAGACAGUCAGUUUAACUAUGGCUUUAACUCCAGAUACCUUGAGAAGGUUGUGUCUUAUUGGAGAAAUGAUUUUAACUGGAGGAAACAAGUGGAUAAACUGAACAAAUACCCUCAUUUCAAAACCAAAAUCGAAGGUAUUGAUAUUCACUACGUUCACGUGAAACCAAAGAACCUGGCCGAGGGAACCCGUGCUGUGCCUCUGAUGAUGGUACAUGGAUGGCCCGGCUCUUUCUAUGAGUUUUAUGGUAUCAUCCCCCUGCUUACGGAGCCAUCCAGUCCUGAUGACAUAACCUUCGAAGUCAUUUGUCCCUCAAUACCUGGUUAUGGUUUCUCAGAGGCUCCACGUAAGAAAGGUUUUGACACUGUAUGUGCAGCUCACAUAUUUAAUAAACUGAUGAAGAGGCUUGGUUUCAACCAGUACUAUGUUCAGGGAGGAGACUGGGGCUCGCUUAUUACCACUAACAUGGCCCAGCAGGAGCCCAAUGCUGUGAAAGGCCUCCACAUUAACUUUGCUCCCCCUGCAAAAGCAGGCCUUCUCAUGAUGUUGUCUAUUAUUUUUGGUCGCCGAUUCCCCAAACUCUUUGGCUUCACUGAACACGAUGUGAAACGCCUUUUCCCCACUAUGGAAAAGCUUGUAGUAGACGCAUUAAGGGAGACUGGAUACAUGCACAUACAAUCCACUAAACCUGACACUGCAGGCCGUGGGUUGAAUGACUCUCCCGUUGGUUUGGCUGCCUACAUUUUGGAGAAAUUUUCAACCUGGACUGAGCCUGAGUUUAAGAACCUUGAGGAUGGUGGGCUGGAGAGGAAGUAUUCUCUUGAUGAUCUUCUGACAAAUGUGAUGAUCUACUGGACCUCUAGGUGCAUUAUAUCCUCCAUGCGUUUCUACAAGGAGAACUUAAGCAAAGGCCUGAACCAGCCCCAUGCAAAGCUUCCAGUUUAUGUUCCGACCGGUGUGGCCUCUUUCCCUAACGAGUUGAUGCAUUCCCCUAAAUUGUGGGUGACACAGAAAUACCAUAAGCUGAAGACUUACACUCCCAUGGCUCGCGGGGGCCAUUUUGCUGCUAUGGAGGAGCCACAGUUAUUGGCAGAGGAUGUUCAGAACUUUGUCAAGAUUGUGGAAAAGAGAAAGAAGAAAUAAACAGUUCUAUGUCCUUUUAUUCAUGGGACUAAUGGAACACAGUGUUUAGAUUCAGAGAUACAUGAAGUAAAAAAAACAACAACCGCUGGACCACAACAGAUGACUAAUCCUAAUCAUAACUGUGUCAGAAACUAUUUGCAUUACAUUAAAUUUAUGUAAUUCUAGAAAUGUAUUAACACAAUUUUAUUUUUAUUAUGUGUCUUAGUUUUAUUGCCGUUUAAAUAAUUAUAUUAUAAUGCGGAAAGCUUACAGUGAUUAUUUAUGGAGUGGUCCGAAUGGGACCACGGGAAUCAAUUUAAUGCUGAUGUUAAACUGUAUGAAAUGAUAGUCAAUUCUUUAUCGAAUCGCUUUUUAAUUGCAGUUAUUGAAUGAUAGCAAUACGUAGUAAAGACUGAAAUCACAAAAGACUGUCUGGAAGACAUUUUUAUUGUUAUCAAGACAAAUUUAAUAUCACUUUUUCAUUACAUUCAUCAAGAGGAAAAAUGAGUGUUCAUGAUUCAAAGUAAUGCCCACUAGAGUGGCUAAGUAUAUCAGUUCUUCUAUUCUGCAUUAAUCUAUAUAAAUAAAAGUAUCAUCGCUUAUA